AUGGGAAUUCGAAACUUCUGCAACAUUUGCAGGUUUUUCACAAUUCCUCAUUUCUUCAAAAACACUCUGUUCCAAUCACCAACUGGUUCGUACCCAAUUCGCACCCUAAAACCCUCUUUUACAACUUCAAUUCAUAAUCCUCACAUUUACUUGAAGCUUGAUUUUCAAUUUCAUCUUUCAAGGUACUUUUGUUCUAACCCUAAUUCUUCUUAUAAACGUAAACCAUAUACUACUUCGAAGCAAGUUUCUGAAAUCAUUGCAUUGAUUUGCGAGGGUGUGAAUGAUUUGGAAUAUAGGUUAAACAUGAUGAAUGUGUCAUUGUCUUUGUCAUCAGUUGUUUACAUUUUUGAUAGAUUAGCAAGUGAAAAAGUUUCAGCGUUGAUGUUUUUUCAUUGGCUUAAUCUUUCACAUCGUGAGCUUUGUUGUGCUCCUGAGAUAGGGAAUUUGGUUAUUGAAAACUGUGGGUUGUUAGGAAAUUUUGAGGCUAUGGUUCCUGUUUUGGUUGAGUUUAACCUAAAAAGGAUGUGUUUGGGAAGAAGGGCGUUUAGGUUCUUGGUUGUUUUAAGGUUGGAUAGGGAUUAUUGUAUGGAGUGUGUGAGGAGAGUUUUGGAUGUGCUUAAUAAGGUUGGAGGGGCUUGUAGAAGCUCUGGGGUGAAUUUGUUGAUAGAGACGUUUAGUUUUUCGGGUGAUUUUGAUAUUGCGGAGUAUGUGAUAGAAGAAACAGGGAGGAAUGUGAGAAGUUAUAACUUUUUAUUGAGGUUAAUGUGUAACAGAGGUUAUUACGAAAGAGUAGGUGAUUUGGUAGAGAAGAUGAAGGGAAUCGGUGUGGAACCGGAUGGAAGUACUUACAAUUUGUUGGUAAGUUGUUCAAUCAAGAUUGGUAAAUUUGUUGAGGUUUGCCAAGUUCUUGAGAUGGUGGAAAGAGAAAAUGGUUUGCCGGAUGGGUUUUCGUUUGAUGUUCUUAUUAGUUUAUUAUGUAAACAUGGACAGAUUGAUUUGGCUUUGAAGUUUCUUGAUAAGAUGGCUUUGAAGGGUAUCCAACCUUGUCGUUUAACGAAUGCUGUGGUGAUAAAGUCGUAUUUUGAAUCAGGAAAAUAUGAUGAAGCACAUGAGUAUGUUGUUGAUUCUGCUUGUAAGCAUAGCUAUUCCAGCAAUGAAAGCUACACCUUACUUGCUUCUCUUUAUUUAAAGAAAGGAAGUGUUCUACUUUCCCAAAGGAUUCUUCAAGAGAUGAUGGAUAGAGGUCUUAAACCUAAUUAUUCAGUGUAUAUGAAGAUUAGAAAGUGUCUUGAGAAGAAAAAUAAAAAAGAUUUGUCUCUGGAAUUAUCAAGAAGAUACUUGAGGUUUAUCGAAAAGUGA